UGGAAAAUCUUAAAAUCCUAUAUUCUAAACCUCAAUGAAUGUAUUUAAGCUUCAUCUUACUGGGGCUGCCUGGUUGGUUCAGUCCAUAGAGCAUAUGACUCUUGCUCUCGGAGUUGUAAGUACAUGUUGAGUGUAGAGAUUAUUUAAAAAUAAAAUCUUAAAAAAAUACACUUCAUCUUCCUAUCAGUUUAUGAGAGCUGAUUUUUGGAGGAAAUUCAUGCCAAAUAAUAUUUCCAAAAUUAGGUCAAAUAAUAAUUAUGUUCCCUGAAGAUUCCAGAAACAAUUAAUAUCCAGUUAAUACUAGUUCAUCCAUUUCUGUUUUGAAAAUUUUUCAUCUUGUUUUCUGUACAGAGAAGCAGCACCAGCCCCAGGUUUUGUUUAGUUUUGCAGUCAAAUAAGCAUAUCUGGUGAAGAGUCUUCCAGCCUUUAGGAGAUUGAUAAUAUUUUCCUGUGACAUGGUGAUUAUCACUUACUAAAGUUUGAAUAGUAAGUACUUCAAUUGAUCUAUACAUUUCAAAUUGUUGGAUUUGAUCUAGUUACAAAUGGAGAGGAAAAAUUCAGAAACCGUCAAUAGCAUCAAAGGAAUGACUGAUAUAUAGGCAUUUAUUUUCCUUUUCCUUCUCACAAAGUGGAGAAGAUUCUAGGGUUAGUGUCUCAACCACAUAUGUGGCUAAAUCAAAGCCUUACAUAUCCUUUACAACACAAUUGCCUGAAUAUCACCACACAGCGGCAUCGUAGGAUUGGGAAGCAGUGCCUUUUAUGAAAGCCAUCACACACAUACAGUUGUAACACAUCAGAUCAGAAAACACUUAACACGAAAUAAAAUGGCUUAAGGAUUCAACAGUGCUGAUCUUUCUAAAAAAAAUUUUUUUUUCCUUUUGGAAAGAAAGCCCAAAACCUUUGAACUCAUAGUCACCUAAAGUCUGAGGUUAGCUUGCCAGUAGCAGGUUUGAGAGAUGAGAGCUAACCUCAGGGAACAGAUGUUUUCUUUUACAAAUAACAUCCCCAUUAUGUAUUGUUCUCCACCACCCACACCCAAACGACUGUUCGACCUAUGAAACAAACCGCGACAGGAGCACAGAUAACCCCAGCCUUCAGGUCUGUAAUCUGAUCGUGGCCAUCGGCAGCCAGAAAUGAGUUUCUUUCUAAUCAGCCUUCCAUCAGUCCCCAGUCACUCAUAUAAAGGAGCCUGGGGAGGGGACGAUUCUCAUUGCUCUUUCGUCAGCACCAGGGUUGUGGACAGAGCCUGGAGCAGCCGUCUAUCUUACUCCCCUUCCGCUCUGUCUCCGCCAGCGCUGCUAACUGCCCCUCUGGUCCCCCCUGCUGCAGAGAAAGAAAAUUACAUCGGGAUCCAUGCAGCCGGCAAUGAUGAUGUUUUCCAGUAAAUACUGGGCAAGGAGAGGGUUUUCUCUGGAUUCAGCAGUGCCUGAAGAGCAUCAGAUACUUGGCAGCUUAACAUUAAAUAAAGCUAACUCUGGCAAAAAUGAUGAUAAAAAAAGCAGCAAGGGGAACAGCAAAAGUGAAACUGGUCCCGAAAGUGGCAAGACGGCUGUUGUCUUCUCGUUGAAAAAUGAAGUUGGAGGAUUGGUAAAAGCGUUGAAACUCUUUCAGGAGAAACAUGUCAACAUGGUUCAUAUCGAGUCCAGGAAAUCCCGGAGAAGAAGUUCAGAGGUUGAAAUCUUCGUGGACUGUGAGUGUGGCAAAACGGAAUUUAACGAGCUCAUCCAGUUGCUGAAAUUUCAAAGUACAAUUGUAACGCUGAAUCCGCCGGAGAACAUUUGGACAGAGGAGGAAGAGCUAGAGGAUGUGCCCUGGUUUCCCCGGAAGAUCUCUGAGUUAGACAAAUGCUCUCACAGAGUUCUCAUGUAUGGGUCUGAGCUUGACGCCGAUCACCCAGGAUUUAAGGACAAUGUCUAUCGACAGAGAAGAAAGUAUUUUGUGGAUGUGGCCAUGGGUUAUAAAUAUGGCCAGCCCAUUCCCAGGGUGGAGUACACGGAGGAAGAAACAAAAACAUGGGGCGUUGUGUUCCGAGAGCUCUCCAAACUGUAUCCCACUCAUGCUUGCCGGGAGUAUUUGAAAAACUUCCCUCUGCUGACUAAACACUGUGGCUACCGGGAGGACAAUGUGCCUCAACUUGAAGAUGUGUCCGUGUUUCUCAAAGAAAGAUCAGGCUUCACGGUGAGGCCGGUGGCUGGAUACCUGAGUCCUCGAGACUUUCUGGCAGGACUGGCCUACAGAGUGUUCCAUUGCACUCAGUAUGUCCGGCAUGGCUCGGACCCCCUCUACACCCCGGAACCAGAUACAUGUCAUGAACUCCUGGGACAUGUUCCACUACUCGCGGAUCCUAAGUUUGCUCAGUUUUCACAAGAAAUAGGCCUGGCAUCUCUGGGAGCAUCAGAUGAAGAUGUUCAGAAACUAGCCACCUGCUAUUUCUUCACAAUUGAGUUUGGCCUUUGCAAGCAAGAAGGGCAACUACGGGCAUAUGGAGCAGGACUACUUUCCUCCAUUGGAGAAUUGAAGCAUGCUCUUUCUGACAAGGCAUGUGUGAAAGCCUUUGACCCAAAGACCACUUGCUUACAGGAAUGCCUUAUCACCACUUUCCAGGAAGCCUACUUUGUUUCAGAAAGUUUUGAAGAAGCCAAAGAAAAGAUGAGGGACUUUGCAAAGUCAAUUACCCGUCCCUUCUCUGUGUACUUCAAUCCCUAUACACAGAGUAUUGAAAUUCUGAAAGACACCAGAAGUAUUGAAAACGUGGUGCAGGACCUUCGCAGUGAUUUGAACACAGUGUGUGAUGCCUUGAACAAAAUGAACCAGUAUCUGGGGAUUUGAUGCCUGGGACCAUUGUCAUUGCCAGAAUGAUCUUUCUGGGGCUUAGCAGCAAUUCAAUCAAUGUCAUAUAACACCAAUAACUCUCUGAGUCAUGGCUUGGCUACUGAGCAUGCAAUUCUGUACAAUUCUGCAUAUCUCUAUCUACUUGUAAUUUACUGUGUUAAUGUGUGAAACACCAUAAAGAACCCAAUGACAGAUAACCACUCAUUGUUUGAAAUAUUGUAACAUGUUUAAAUGUCUUAAGUAGAUUUGACAUUCUUGCUUGGUGUCCUUAACCAAACUGCAGCUAUUUAAAAUUUGUAACAAAUAGCCCUCUUACGAUUCUAGCUUAUUACUUUUUCUUUCUCAGAUCUGAGCUUUUCCUCUGUGUUCAUUAGAUAAAAUGAAAAUAGCAGUGAAACUGUUUCUAUUUUCUAUAGUAUCAGUGUUUCCACAGCACUAUUUGAGAUAAACCCAGAAUUGUGUGAAAACUCCCAUCACAUUAACAAAAGAUACAGUAUUCUGUUUCAAAAAUGAAAACUAGUGAACCCACUGGUUGGAAUGGUUUUUAGGUUGAAUAUUUAUACAAUGUUAGAAAAGAGAACAUUUUGCAAAUGGAACGUGUAGGUGGCAUUGACCAUGUAUAAACUGAGUUGUGGCAUGCUUUCCAAAGUAUUUUGGAAGAAAAUACUUCCAGAAAGGACAUUAGGAAAGGCUAAACAAUGGGCAGAAGGUCUUGGGACUAUGAAUUUUAUGCUGGAAUAAAGAGAACUAUCAUGCUCAGGUGUUUAAUCCAUUUGUCUUAGAGAACAAUAAUAUCAUAGAGCCUGGGUUUCAAAACUGUGGAAAUUGCAUCUCAGAGAAGUUAAGUGAUUUGCCCAAAGCAGCGGUUAAUUGUGCACUAACAUUUCCAGCCCAUUGCAUGUCACUUUUGGAUUGCUAAAUUCAACUUGGUAUAUUUGUGUGUAGUAGAGAAGGGAAAACUAAUACUUACAAAACUAUGUUAAUCGCUAAAUAGGAUUUGGUUUUUGAUCAAGGGCUUCCAACAGCACAGAUGUUUCCUCUCACGGCCCCCAAACCAAGCCAGAUCUCUGAGAGUUUGUCCAGUUUGCCCAAAGUUUGGGCAAAUUUGGGCAGAUAAUGGUGAUGCACCACAAAUCUCUAGCCAUCUUUGCCAUAAGAGGUAUAAUCAGGUGACUAAGUGAACAAAUAAAAAUCUGAAUGAGUGAAUAAGUUUUGUCUGAUUCUCUCAACAAACACAACCACUGUUCCUCACAUUGUACUUUGUCAUGCAGAAUGCUGGAUGGAUGAAGGAAAGGAUGGGAAAAAGAGAUGAGAAAGGUGACAAAAUGACUUUUAAGUUAGCAAUUCUACAAUAUUUGCUUAAGCAAUUUCUAAGAUGUUCUUUUAAUAACAAAUGGCAUGUGAUUUCAAACGAAUUCAUACUCAUAUGGGCCCAUUAUGAGUCAGAAAUUUUUGUACUAGAUGUACUUGGGAAGAACAUGAAAAAGAGUGAAAAUAUGCAUCAGAGAGAGGUAAAAUGAAAAGAAAUCAGAGGUUUGAAUAGUGGUUCCUUAACUACUGAGGGUCUUUCGUUUCUGAAGGAUUCUCAGAACAACUGAGUUUUGGAAAGGGAUUUGGCAGACAGAAUGUGACAGUUACGCAGUUUAAAUGCUAUUUUAAAUGGAAGAGAUAGUGCCUUGAGAGAUUAUUGGUGGUAGAGAAGUGAUGAGCAAGCUGAAGCAAAAUGAUCUAGAAUGAUCAAGUAGUUGCAUAUUUCAGUAGUUUUAUAGAUUCCAAACGACAUAGUUUCUUACAUCUUGUUUUGCUAGGUCUAGAUGACCCUGAGUAAUUAUUUACUUAUAAAUUCUAACCUAGAACAAUAACCCAGAAUAAUAAGUCCAGAAAGUUCCAGAACUAGUUGCUGAAUUUUCUCAAAGAGGAAAAUUGGCUAAGAAACUCUUAAUGUCUGCCUUCCGCCUUGUUUUCAUAAUUUGGUGUAAUAAGUAGCCAUCAAGGUUGUCCCUUUUAGUCCCAUGAGAGGGGAGGUUCUCAGUUAAGUGGACUGGAAGAAGAAUUAUAUUUAAUUGUAAACAAAUUCCCUCAACAAAAAUAACACUUGAGCUAUCUUCUGAUUGGCUUUUUCUCCCCACAUGUGCAAAAUCUAUGUUGUUUCAAAAAUAGAAGAGUUGCAAAGUAAAUAGGCUUUCCCACAGAGCUUAUAUAGGUUAUCAUAUAAGGUGGAGGGAUUCCAUGAUUCUUUUUAGAUUUGUUCUCCAUUUGGAAGAGCAGUAACCAUGGUUUUCACUGUGUGAAAGAAAGGAAUCAUGGUUUUCAUUUGUCGUGAGCAUUUAAUAUGCAAAUGCUAUUACAACUAAUGGUGGGAAAAAUCCUAUAAAAUUUAACAGCCAUCAUAGGAAAAGUGUUGGCAGAAAAAGUUCCCAAAUGGAAAUAGUACAACCAAAUAAUCACAGCUAGCUCCUUGUCAUAUUUGAUACCUGCUUAGUAUAACCAUCUGUCUCACUUAUGACUCAUGACUUAAGGCUAAAUUAAAUAGAAUCAAGGGCAAUUAUAAAUUUAAAGAUGCUUGCUCACUGUCAUCUCAUUGUGAAUUGCUACUUUAUUUUGACUUUGCUGCUGACUUCUAUAACCGGCUAAUCAGAAACCAAUCCAAGAUUCCUGGCAAUACCAGGUUUCUUAUGCAUCACACAUUGGCAAAAGACAGCCAGAAAUCUGAUUAGUCCAGUUUUCUUCUGGAAGCAUUUUUGUCUGUUACAAGUUAGGGUCAGGCAUCUAGUGUAUGCUUGGAUGAUCAGUUUAUUUGGCAUGAUGAGAGCUUAAUAGAUUGUUCAUAAAUUGCAUCUUAUAAGAGUAGGGAACUUUGACCCAACCAAGUUGCUAAUUUUUUUUUUUUUUUUUACAUUUGUGGUGAGGGUUGUGGAGCCUUGGGUUUCUGGCUUAGUCUCAUUUAUUUACUGUGUAAUUUAGAAAUGAUGCUUUAUGGGGAUGAUAUAUGUGUUCUUGUCUUGCUUGCACAUAGUAGAUGGGCCUGUGCCUAAUGAAUGCAAAGUAUUGCAACAUUUACCAACAUGAAAAGUCUAAAAUGAAAAACAGUGCGCUUUAACGUGGAAGCAAAUAGAAAUACAAGGUUUCAUUUUCAAAUGGAGUCAUGGCUCACAUCAUCUCAUUUUCUUCAUUCGAGAAGGAAAACAUUAACACACGAUGUAGUUGUCCUCCAAUUCAUUUGAUCUAAUUUUCAACUUCUAAAGAAUCAAGCACUGAUGCUUACUCUCAUGAACCUUGUCUUACUUAUAAUGAAAAAGAAAGCAGUCCAGAGUAUUCUAGUGUGUCUGAGUUUUUUUUUUCUUCCUCUUCAAUUUGCAAAGACAUUCUCUUAUUUUGGGAAAUGAUUCUUAUGCAGGUUGCCAUAUUUUGGGAAAAGGCAAGGGAAUUAAUAGUGAGAUACUGCUUCUAAUAUUAAAUUUGCAUGUGUUCAAAAUAAACCAGUUCUGGAACAUGAAA